UGUUACAUGAGGUAGGGUUGAUACUGAGGUGUGGCCACAAGGUACUGGUUCAAGUACAUUCAGUCCCUGGAUAACCUCAGGUGAGAGAGAAAGCUGACGUUCCUUUGCAGUUCAUCGUCAGAUCCUACACAAACCUACGGUUUUCUUGAACUGCCUCAUUUUCACUAACUGACAAAUGCAGGGAAAGCAUGCAAGCAAGAUGCCUUCAGGUACCGCCUUUGUUUUACUGCUGACACUCCAGAGUCUUCAGCUGGUGUCCACUCAAACUGCUAAUCCAGGGAAUGAAGAAACGACUUCUUUACUAUUCAGUGAGAUACCUGAUAAUUGGAAAAGAGUAAAUGAUGAAGACAAUGGGAUUUCGUCAGGCUCCAUGCCAUUUAGUGGGGAUGAUGAAUAUCAAGCUUACAACAAGACUGACAUUGCAGUAAAAGGACAAUAUGAUGUUAACACGAAUACAACCGCAUCACCUCAGACUACAGUCAACGUCAACGAUAACUCAUCAAGCCUGCAAAAUGACACGAGCAAUCUUUUCACACUGAGCCCAUCACUGGAACCUGCAACCACCAAUGACAGCAAUGUAAACCUCACAGAGACCAACACCACAACUCCAAGUCCUGGGAAUUCUACCACUGCUAUUACAGUUACAAAUGCUACUUCUACUGCUGAUUUUAAUAUCACUCAGCAUUCAACAUCAGAAGUCAGUGAGAACUUUACAACUACAAGUCCACCACAAGUUUCAAAUUACACAAACUCCCCUAGUGAGAAUGUAACAAAUAUGACCGUCUCUACAACCUCUACAAAUAUGACCGUCUCUACAACCUCUUCAAAUAUGACCGUCUCUACAACCUCUACAAAUAUGACCGUCUCUACAACCUCUACAAAUAUGACCGUCUCUACAAUGACUACCAUGCAGACCAGUGUAUACACCACAGAAAUGAACAUAACUGGGGUAUCGCUUGAUAUCAAAGGGAAUAUGGAUAGAGGUCUGGCUGCAGAUAAUGAACAGCAAAGCAAAACUCAGGCAUGGGGAGCCAUUCUGGGUAUUGGUGUUGCAGUGGCAAUUGUUGCCAUGGUGAUCUUUAUCAUUGUGAAACGAAGGAACUACAGAGAAUUCUCACACAGGAAACUGGAGGAAGAUUCGCCACCUGAACCAGUUCUAAGGCUAGAGAACAGUGAGCCCCUGGAUUUGAAAUUUGAUGGAUUUGCAUACUACAAUCCUGGACUACAAGGAGACAACAUUCAAAUGACUAACUUUCCACAAGGAUACACUAAGUAAAAAAUAUUCCAUGCCAAAAAAGACUAUUAUCAUGAAUUGAAUUUCUUCUGUAUUUUGCUGAUGUAUGCAAAGGAUCCUGAUCAAGACAAAGAGAAGGAAAUUGCCAAAAGAACUUUAUCAUAGAUGAACUAAGGUCCAAAGCUUAUAAGGUAUUUUUUUUCUUCUUUUAGGCAGAGGUCAGGUAAAUUGCUGGAAAGAACAAAUCAACAAAUGUUGAAUUUAUAGAUUAGCUGUCUUACUUCAUACAUGGGGAUGAUGAUGCACUGCCUUUAUCCUAUAUAAUAAAGAUUAAAAUAGUUGAAAUUGAAGAUAGAAAUUGGUGAGGUAUCCCUGCUUAUACCACUAUAUGAUGUAUUAUAUGCAACUUUGUAAUAUUGUUAUAAUUAAAACUUAUAA